AUGGGAAAAGCAAAAUUCAGCAAAUUGGAGAUCGUUCUGAGCGUCCUUUUCUGUGCUGUGGUGGUCGUGGCCUGCGUCCUCAUCGGGGUUCUGGCAACCAAGGAGAGCGGAGGCAGCAGCGAAUUCUCUGCAAGUUGCCCGAGUGUGGAAAUAGCAGAGAGGAUCGACUGCAUUCCGGAUCAAAUCGCCACCAAGAACCUGUGCAACCUCCGUGGGUGCUGCUGGAGCCCCCAGAGUGACACCAGUGUCCCCUGGUGCUUCUUCUCCUCCAACCAUGGCUAUAGGGUGGAGGGAGAGCAGCGGGCGACGCAGCAGGGAUUUCAAGCAACGCUGACCCGUUUCUCCUCACCUUCGCUUUUUGGGGGUGACAUCAACACCGUUCUCCUCACUGCCGAAUACCAGACACAAAAUCGCUUCCAUUUCAAGAAAAAAAAAAAAAACCCUUUUUUCCCCCCUACCUCCCCCAGUUUCGACACCACAGUGGGGCCGCUGCUUUUUGCCCAGCAGUUUCUGCAGCUCUCCAUCCGCCUGCCCAGUGGGAACAUUUAUGGGAUCGGGGAACACGUCCACAAAAGCUUCCGUCACGACCUCAACUGGAGGACGUGGCCGAUGCUGAGUCGUGACACGGCGCCCUCCGGGAAUGUGGAGAACCUCUACGGAGUUCAGACUUUCUUCCUGUGCCUGGAGGACAACAGCGGGGCCUCGCUGGGUGUUUUCCUGCUCAAUAGCAAUCCCAUGGAGUUCGUCGUGCAGCCGACGCCAGCCGUCACCUAUCGCACCAUUGGGGGGGUUCUGGAUUUUUAUGUCAUUUUGGGUGACACCCCUGAGCACGUGGUGCAGGAGUACGUCAAGCUGGUCGGGAUGCCGGUGAUGCCAUCCUACUGGUCGCUCGGCUUCCAGCUCAGCCGCUACGAUUACGGCUCCCUGGAUGAAGUGAAGGCGGUGGUGGAGCGGAACCGAGCCGUCGGGCUGCCCUAC